UCUCCCACUUUAAAAAUUCUCAAUCUCUUUUGAGUUUCAAGCUCGAAUCCUCUCUAUCAUCACAAUCCAUGGCAUCAUCGCAAGCUAGCCUUCUCCUUCAGAAACAACUCAAAGAUCUGUGUAAGCAUCCUGUUGAUGGAUUCUCCGCUGGACUCGUUGACGAGAAGAAUAUAUUCGAAUGGAACGUUACCAUUAUCGGACCUCCCGAUACUCUCUAUGAAGGAGGAUUCUUUAAUGCUAUAAUGAGUUUCCCGCAGAAUUAUCCGAAUAGUCCACCCAGUGUUAGGUUUACUUCAGAUAUGUGGCAUCCUAAUGUUUAUUCUGAUGGUCGUGUUUGCAUUUCGAUUCUGCAUCCUCCUGGUGAAGAUCCUAGUGGUUAUGAGCUUGCUAGCGAGCGCUGGACACCUGUUCAUACUGUUGAGAGUAUAAUGUUGAGUAUUAUAUCUAUGCUUUCUGGUCCUAACGAUGAGUCUCCUGCAAACGUUGAAGCUGCUAAAGAGUGGCGUGAGAAGAGAGACGAGUUCAAGAAGAAAGUGAGCCGGUGUGUGAGAAAGUCUCAAGAAAUGAUGUGAUGAGAGUACUCCCAACUUCCACACUUCUGAUACCUCUCUCGAGUUUCUCCAUCAAAGUUCUUCAUAUUCUCUUAUCUGAAAACCCUUCAGGACUGUCCAAACACAGCUUGUUAUAAACCCGGUUUACAUCGUUUUGUUGCGUUUGUGAUCCAGAGCUUUCUGAAAUGUGUUGUUGCAUUCUUGAGAAACUGGUUAUCAUUAUCAUAUAUAACUCUAUUCGUUAAGACUUAAUAAUCCUUCUUUGUUCUCAAUUUUUUGGCUUCCCGACGUUGAACUACUAUGUCUAGCUUCAGACUGUAGCGUCUCCUUUUGUAACAAUCCUAUGUCCUUUACAUUGUCAUUGCUUGGGGAUCAAUUCAGUUUUGUAUUUUGUACAUCCAUCCAUGUACAAAGCUGGUUGGCA